AUGGCAGAUAUUCGAUACCUUUUGAAACAAAAACUAUCCAAGCGCAAGUCUGGAGAGACUCGACCAUCUUCAAAAGCACACAUAUCUACUCAUCAUGCCACUAGCACUCCCAAAAACAAUUCCUUGGCCAUUGACACUGACGGCAGGCUGGAUGGAGUCGAAGCUUCAUUGGUUGCAGUGGAUGCAGUUGCACCUACGGAUAGUCUUCAAAAAGAUGAAAUGGACGACUUUGAACUAGAGCUUCUCAAACUAGAGCAAGAACUGCAGUCUCAGUCUACAUCGUAUUCAAAGUCAGUGUCCAGUAUGCUCGUUGAACAGCCAUCUGUUAUGGUCGAAGAGGAACUGCCCAAUAGUCUCGAGCCUACAGACUUUACAUACGAUCCAACCCUCGAGUUGCAAGCAGAGCAUCAGGUGCUGCAGGAUCGAUUUCAGAGACUUAGAAAUAUGCAGCGUGAACUGCUGGUUAGCAAGCCAAAUGAAAGGCCAUCCACUUCAGCUACUAUUAGGAAAAAACAAGUAGCCUCACAGAGACUGAAAAGGGAUCGCAAGAUCAGAUAUGCUUACAAUGACGAAGACAAUAUGUAA